GGCUGGCUGGGAAAAGGGGUGGGAUUUUAGAAUCGUGCCUCCCAGGCUCUGCCUCCCAAAGUGGGAGAGAGUUAAGGGAUUCCAGCAUCAGGAGUGUGUUUGCAGGUCAAGCUGGGAACUAAAGGGUAAUGGCUGCCUUCAGCUACUUAGAGACCUAAUCACCCCAUGAUUGGAGUAUUGUGAAGAGCGACCAAGACCAGAGACCCGAGCAUUCUGAGCACACUGUCUGCUGACCUGCAAAGCGAGCCGUUCUCCUGCUGGAUGCUGCCUGUCUCCAGAAACCUCUCACCAUGAUCGAUAGCUCCAAGAAGCAGCAACAGGGCUUCCCAGAGAUUUUAACUGCUGGAGAUUUCGAACCUUUAAAAGAAAAGGAAUGCCUUGAGGGGAGCAACCAGAAAAGUCUCAAGGAAGUGCUCCAGCUGAGGUUGCAACAGAGGAGGACAAGAGAACAGCUAGUGGACCAGGGCAUCAUGCCACCUUUGAAGAGCCCAGCGGCAUUCCAUGAACAGAUAAAAAGCUUGGAACGAGCCAGAACCGAAAACUUUUUGAAACACAAGAUUCGGAGUCGACCAGAUCGUUCUGAACUUGUCAGGAUGCACAUUUUAGAAGAAACAUUUGCAGAGCCAUCCCUGCAGGCUACUCAGAUGAAGUUGAAAAGAGCUCGUCUAGCUGAUGAUCUGAAUGAAAAGAUUGCUCAAAGACCUGGCCCCAUGGAGCUGGUGGAGAAGAACAUCCUUCCUGUGGACUCCAGUGUUAAGGAAGCAAUUAUAGGCGCUGGGAAGGAGGAUUGUCCCCACACUCAAGGUGACUUCUCCUUUGAUGAAGACAGCAGUGAUGCUUUCUCACCUGACCAGCCAGCCAGCCAGGAUUCUCAGGGGUCAGCCGCAUCCCCCAGUGAGCCAAAAGUUAGUGAGUCACCAUCUCCUGCAACUACAAAUACUCCAGCUCAGUUUACUUCAGUGGCCGCACCAGUUCCUGAAUUCUUGAAAACUCCUCCGACUGUGGACCAGCCUCCCACAAGGUCCACAGCUCCUGUCCUCCCCACAAAUGCUGUGUCCUCAGCAAAGCCUGGCCCCACCCUGGUGAAGCAAAGCCAUCCCAAGAAUCCAAAUGACAAACACCGUAGCAAAAAGUGCAAAGAUCCCAAACCGCGAGUAAAGAAGCUAAAGUACCACCAAUACAUUCCACCAGAUCAGAAGGGAGAGAAGAAUGCACCACAGAUGGACUCCAACUACGCCCGGCUGCUCCAGCAGCAGCAGCUCUUCCUGCAGCUACAGAUCCUCAGCCAGCAGCAGCAGCACUACAGCUACCAGGCCAUCCUGCCUGCGCCCAUCAAAAAUGACAAAAAUAACAACAGUGGGACUCCGGCUUUGAACAAUGCUACGCCUAAUCCCCCCAGACAGAGCACAUCUGCACCUGCAAGAAAGCCAGGGCCUCUGCCUUCUAGCUUGGACGACUUAAAGGUAUCAGAACUGAAGACAGAACUGAAAUUAAGAGGUCUGCCAGUGUCAGGCACCAAACCAGACCUCAUUGAACGCCUGAAACCCUACCAGGAGGUGAACAGCAGUGGCCUUGCCACUGGAAGUAUUGUGGCAGUGUCGUCAGCAGCCAUCGUCACCAGUAACCCAGAAGUCACUGUGGCAUUGCCAGUCACAACACUACAGAAUGCCGUGACUAGCUCAGUCUCCACUUUGAAGGCAGAACUGCCAUCUGCUGGACCCAGCAACAUAGCCCACAUGGACAGCAUUCAUUCUCCUCUGCCAAUCUCACCAUCACCCUCUGAACAGUCCAGUCUCAGCACUGAUGACACAAACAUGGCGGACACUUUCACUGAGAUCAUGACCAUGAUGUCACCCUCGCAGUUCUUGUGCUCAUCUCCCCUGAGAGUGGCAAACCAUGAGGACAGCCUGAGCCCUACCAGCAGCACUCUGUCAACCCUGGAACUGGACGCUGCUGAGAAGGACCGCAAGCUUCAGGAGAAAGAGAAGCAAAUCGAAGAGCUAAAGAGGAAACUGGAGCAGGAGCAGAAGCUUGUGGAGGUUCUCAAAAUGCAACUGGAGGUUGAGAAACGAGGGCAGCAGCAGCGGCCGGCAGAACCCCAGCCCAACCCACCCAUGCUCACUGUCAGUACAGCAGACCAGAAACACAGCGGCAUUGCUUCCUCCAUCAAGGAUGAGUCCUCACUUCCUGAUUGCUCCAGCCCCCAGCAGCCCGCCCCAGUGGCCAGCCACUCUGCAAGCCAGCCUAUCGCCACUGGCAGCCAGAACCUUGUUGCCAAAAAGGCCUUGGUCAUCAAGCAAGAGGUCCCCGUGACCCAGGCAGAACCGCAGAGCGUCGUCUCGCAGUUCUAUGUGAGUUCUCAGGGACAACCACCCACUGUUGUUGCUCAGCCACAGGCUUUACUGACCACACAGACUGCUCAGCUGCUGCUCCCGGUGUCCAUCCAGGGCUCGAACGUCACCUCAGUGCAACUCCCAGUAGGCAGCCUCAAGCUCCAGACUCCACCACAGACAGGAAUCCAGACUCAGCCUCGGAUCACAGCUGCUCCACAAAUACCAACUGCGGCCUUGCCCUCGGGCUUGGCACCCUCAGUACCUCAGAAGCAAGAGGCAUUCCCACAGCACGUGCUCAGCCAGCCUCAGCAAGUCAGAAAGGUUUUCACCAAUUCGGCACCAAGUACAGUCCUUCCAUAUCAGAGACAGCUGGCUCCAGCGGUCCAGCAGCCCUUCAGCAGCAAGGUCUCCAACAGCACCCUUCAAUCCAGAACCACCCCACUGCCACCCCUGCAAAACGGACCCAGCCCACCCAGCAAGCCUAGCUCACCCCCUCCGCCCCAGCAAUUUGUCGUCCAGCAUUCUCUGUUUGGGACUCCAGUCACCAAGACAAAAGAUCCUCCCCGGUAUGAGGAGGCCAUCAAGCAGACACGCAGUGUGCAGUCGGGCCUUCCAGAGAUUUCCAGUGUGCACAGUCAGCAGAUGGACGACCUUUUCGAUAUCCUUAUAAAGAGUGGAGAGAUUUCCCUCCCUAUAAAAGAAGAGCCUUCUCCAAUUUCCAAGAUGAGACCAGUGACCGCCAGCAUCACAACAAUGCCCAUCAACACCGUGGUGUCCCGGCCACCACCCCAAGUCCAAGUGGCACCACCCAUCUCCUUAGAACCCAUGAGCAGCUUGUCUACCAGCUUAGAGAACCAGCUAGAAGCCUUCUUGGAUGGAACUCUGCCUUCGGCCAAUGACAUUCCCCCACUGCAGAGCAGUGGCGAGGACAGAGAGCCUUUCUCUUUGAUCGAGGAUCUCCAGAACGACCUGCUGAGCCACUCCAGCAUGCUGGACCACUCCCACUCGCCCAUGGAGACCGCCGAUACCCAGUUUGCGGCAGGCACUCCCUGCCUGACUCUUGACCUCUCAGACUCCAACCUGGACAACAUGGAGUGGCUAGACAUCACCAUGCCCAACACCUCCUCAGGGCUCACUCCUCUCAGCGCCACCGCACCAAGCAUGUUCUCUGCUGAGUUUCUGGACCCACAGGACCUGCCGCUACCAUGGGACUAACCUCACAGGUUGCUUGUCUCAGGGUUCUUGAGGUUCAGCACGUGAUUCUGAGAAGUCAGUUUUUAGAGAUAGAUCCAUAGUGGCAUUGUUGCAAUUAAAAUGUCACAGAAAAACAAACGGAUGGAAGGUCAUAGCCUGGAACCGGUGUGAAAACUUGCCAUUGCGUCCAGCAGUGGAUUUGUACAGUUAUAUAGCACAGGGCCUACAGACUCCAAGAAGACUCAUGUGUUUCUCCCAAUUCAGUAAAGGGUGAAAAGACCUUUUAGAUAAAAGCAUAAGGAAGAGUAAUGUGUGCAGGAGAUGACACUAGGUUCUCUGUAAUCAACUACAUUUAGACCUCUGUGUCACUUCACAACCCUAAUGAAGGGCAGGCAGCUCCACUCAAAACACAAGGCCACCCUGAGGGAGAGGAGAGGUCAUUAGACAGGUACUUCAUAGAGGUGGCCUGAGCCAGACCAACCUUCAGCAAGAGUCAAAGGCAGUGGAGAGCGCUGACCAGAUCUGUGACAGCUUCCAGCCGAAGACUUUCGGUUCUGUUCAGAAACCUGUGUAGUUUUUUGUAUUGUAGUUUAUUUUGUGAGUUUUGGAAUCUUACUUUAGAUUUCCAAAUUUAAAUGGAAGAUCUUUUACCAUAACCAGAUGUCUAUAAAGUACUGGUCUAAUACAAUCCACUAAAAAAUCCAGGUAUAUUAAUAACACUGAAAAUUCUGUUAAUAGCCUUUGGGGUUGAUUAGAUUGGUCCUAAUGUGUAUAUUAGACAUUUGUAUGUACAUCUUACAUUGUGAUCUGUACAGCCUACAUUAGGGUAAGAAAAUGGGUAUCCAGUGGUCCUACUUCUUGUAAUAACUCAAAUAUUUCUAGAGUACUGAGCCACAUGUAUUUGCAUAUUUAAAAAGUUGUUGAGUAACUUUCAGGUAACCAGACCCAUCUCAAAGAACCAAGCAAAGCCUUUUUAGCAUAAAACAUCUUUCUAAACUGGUAAGUCAGAAGAAUGGAAGGUGGAAGGUAAGGGGAAAGUCUGUUGCAAACCCAGGACAUUCCACCCACGGCGAGGUUGGCCACCAGACCCCAGCACUGGCAUCCCUCUCUAUCCCUAGUCCCUAGUUCUUGUUUUAUAGGCUUGUAACUGGAUAUCUACCCAAGCUCUCGCCGUAUCCUCAAGCCUAAAAUUGAAAAAACUGGAGGUUUUUUUAGUUUUUUUUUUUAAUAUAGAAAAAAAAUUACCACAUUUGUCAUUUCUUAAUUUUCCAAAAUGCCAACUAUCACAGGAUUUUGAAAAUUAUUUCAAUCUAGUCCUUUAAGUGUGUGCAAAAUGAAAAUAAGUGAAUGACAGAGUGUGGAGAUUUUUAUUAAGUGGUAACAUUGUGCUGUUCACUACCCCUGUGUAACCUGGGGCCAGGUUGACUCCCUGGGUGGUCACACAUGAAUGUUCCACAAUGACACACAAGAGGCAGCCUGACCCAUUGUGAAGAAUUUGUGAAUCAUGCUGAGUCCAUGUUUUGCCUAAAAGUGAUCUUCUUUGUUAUUUUUUUUUUAAUCUAUAAAUCUGAUUUUUGUGUAAGAAAAGCCCUCUUCCAACCUUAGCACACCAAAGCUGUGCCCUGACUCAAAGGCACCGAUGUGGCCACCAUGCUUAGUGUAGUCAGCUGUGCAUAAGUGAAAUGCUUGGAAGUCAGUGAUGAAGUGCCUGGGAUACAGUGCCUCUACCAACCAGACACCGUCAGCCACCACACCCUGCUGUGGACUUGGGAAGGUACAUUUCCUGUGCAGAGCUCAGCCUUGAGUUUUGGCUGAGGGUUUUUGUCAGAGGUUUAUCAGGUUCAUACUUAUACUAGACGAGUGGCUGGUUGAAUUAGCACCCGAUGGCAGUGACACAAUCCCUAGUGCUGCCAAUGCUCGCUGCGUAACGACGUGCUUUCAUAACCCUGCGUCGCCAACACAGGUAGCUUCCCAACCGUGGGUCCCUUUAUUGCUUUUUAAAAUAGGUUUGGAAACAUGCCCCAGGAAGGUUGCUCUGCAGAAACCCAGUGCAGCGCAGAGAAAUCCUGCUCAUGAGCCUGCUUUCUGAAUGAGUUGCUAACUACCCACUUCAGAUGUGCUCAUGUCUAUCCAUCUCUAGCUGGUGAGUCCACCACCAGCCAUCCCACCCACACCAUUCCACUUGGCCCUCCUCUCCUGGCUCCAGCGGGCACCUGUGACACAAGUGUUGCUUUCUAGCCCUCACCCACCUGGUACAGGUGAGAGUGAGCACAUGGGUAGUGUGCGUGCAUGCAUGUCCAUGAAUGUCCAUGACCAAAGACCAUAGUCUGCAGACAAGGCUCUUUGACCCAAGUCACCCUGUGGUAAGUGCGACAGGGAAGGGCAUUUCUUUCACUAAGGAUAACUUUGUGCUGUUGUUUGAAGUUAGUUUCACAGCCAGUGAACGCAGGUCAGAACAGCCAGUUGAGUUUCCAGUAUGCAUGUGUAGAGUUUGGAUGUAGCACUGCUGUAUAUCACAUUGCCAAGAAAAUCACUGCCAGAAGCAUGUUGUCUCAGCCCCGUCUCUUUCCCUACGUAAUCCUGAAGCGGUUGUACCACCUUACUUUCUGCUGUACAUAGGUACCAGUCAUCUUACUGGGGUGGGAUGAAUGAGAAGAAUUGCACUACAACUUCCAGAACGUCUGGAUGUGUAGGAGCACGUGGGCAUCUUGCACAUUUCAGCAAAGCAAAUGCUAGAAAGCCUCCUGGGGCUGGGCCAGUGGCUCGGUUCUCACGUUUCCUGAAAUGUGCAGCCUACUGUAUAGGAUUUGCCACAUAUCUGUAACACACCCUGAAUUUGUGGAAGUUUCUGCUCAGAUACUAUUUGUGUUUAUUUCAUAUAAGUCUUUUUAUAUACCAAGAUAUCUUAUUUAAAUCUCUUUAAAAAUAUAUCAUUCAUUCUUUGACUCAUAUACUGGUUUGUGAAUACUGCUUAGAACAGAUGUCAAGGUGGAGUGCCACUGCCCUGAGCUGUCCAGUCAGCGGACACUAAGUGAUGGACAUGAGUGUAUUACCCAUUCUGUCACCAAAGCCAACUCAGGCUUCUUGUACCCUGAAUUUCUGAUCACUCCAGGGUCCUUUCAGAGUUCCUUGGCUGAAACCAGCACUGACAGCUGACAAAGCAGCUUUCCCACAAGAAAGGGACAGUCCCUUUGCUGUCCUCAGAAGGACCUGGCCUUAGAAAAGUAGCUGAGCACUGGCAUGGCUGGCGGGGCUGAGAAAAGCCACGUUUCCUAUAUACCAUUUCCACAGUGGCUCACCGGGCCGUCCAGCAGCCCAGAGCUCAGGCAUCAUAGAGACUUGAGAGGAACCUUGUCAGUGGCUGCCCCAGAGCAGCUCAGGUCAGUCCAGCCAGAUUCACAGGUCACCUCACUGCUCACUGCCUGCCACUGCACCCUCAAAUGCUCAACCCUGGCAGCAGAGAAUACCAACUAGAAACGCACUCACUGCCCUAGAGGACACAGCUAGCCCAAACCACCCCAGAACACUAACUGGAAGAUCAGGUUUAUCAAGUGUGUUUGAGAGCAGCCUAACUGCAUUUCAGAUGAUCUUUUAAGUGAUUUCAGUCAAAACUGGAACAUAACAGUUAAGAUGGAGUAACUUUUGUUUCCUAAUUCAAACCUUCAAACACUUGCUCAUUGAACAAUCUCUUUCUGGGCUCCAUUUUUAUUUGUAAAGUAAGUGACUGUGUGGCAAUCAGCAGGUCUGUUUUUCUUCCCAUUACCCUUUCUUGCAGUAUCUGAGGAAAUGCAUCACUUCAAAGGGUUUCUAACCUGAAAUCUUUGAUUUAAGGCCUGUAAUUCAAAAAGCUGCUCAUGUUUACAAAAGAGCUCUUCUCCACGCACAUACAUGGCUCUGUGAACCAUGAUUGGAGAACGUCACAGUUUUGUGACAGGAUGGCAAUCUCAGAUACACAAGGUGCUGUCCAGAACCAAAUAAGAUGUGUCACUGGAGACAUUGACGCAGCUACAGUGUGUCACGGAGCUUAUGCCAACUACCAAGACAAAGCUUUAACAAAGCAUAUAGAAUCACCAGAACUCAUAACGAUUACCUCUCGAUGUUACGUGUAAGGAGUCUUGCUAAUCAGUAGGAAGAGGGAGCGUUUAGGAAAGGGUUUAGGAUCUACCAAAAGUACUUGACCUCAAGUAACCAGUAGUAACACAAAUGCUUUAAAGGAACCAAAGGCAUUGCCAAGUAUUUGCCAAAAGGAGGCACUUUUUAUUUAGAGUGAGACUAACGAGAUCUCAAGUCAGUCCCAAAAAGGUAUUAUCCAUUUAAGGUUAUAACUUUCACAAAGAUGUAGAUAUUUCUCUAUUGUUUUCAUGUAAAAUAGUAUAGAGUUGUUUUGUUGGUUUAAGGAUACUACAUGCUCAGUAGUAAUACAAAGUUUUGUUUGUUAUUUUCCCUUCUGUGUAGAGGUUAGUUUCUUGCUUGCAGUAGAAAUACAACAUGGUAGGUGUUUCUCUUAUUUUCAUUGUUUUAUCACGUCUUAGCAUCUCACUUUAUGAAAAAAAGGAGAACGAUACCAGUGUACAGAGCCCUGCUUGUUAAAGCACUAGUUUAAUAAAUUAUGGCAAUCAGGGGUCCAUUCAUGUAUUGCCUUUAUGUUGUUUUUUAAAAAGCAAAACCAUGAUGCCUUUGUAUUUGCUGUUUGCACCCCUGAACCGAUUCCGUACCGUGCUGAAUGCCAUGCGUCUUGCACACGUACUGUACAUAGGUAUUGCAUACUGUAUUUUUAUAUGUGUGCACAUUAUCAGUAGAUCUUUUGUACAUAGCAGUAUCGUAGCUGAUCGGGAAAUAUUUGAUAUCUCAGCGAUUUUGCAUUUUUGUGUCUCAAAUAAAAAAACAUUUUGACAUACCGUGAUUCUUACUGUGCAAAGGAAAGACAGAGGGACCAUUGCAGACCUGUGGGAUGGGGCGGACUAGGAAGCCACCCUGAGAACACAGCUCAGAGCAGGGCCAGCAGGCAAAGCAUGUGGGUGCUUGGGGUGGGCUUUGGGGAUCCCACAUACAGCACCCUCCUCAGGUCCAGGGCUAUGCCAUGCAAAAACAGAAACUCACAGGUUCUCACUGACCUUGAGCAUGUCAAGAUUUACACCAUGAGUGUAAGCAACUGUGGCAUAGAAAGGCAUGAAAGUCUGUAGCUCCCACUCAGGCGUUACACAGUGGCACUGCUGUACAUCCAUGCGCAGGGAGCACCUGCCCCAUCUGAUCGCAACAAGCACCACCAACAAAAUCUCCGAAUGACCUGGAAUUAGGCUCUUCAAUUUUUGC